GCGCGAGCAGCGCGGGCGCGCAAGGGCGCUGCCGCCGGAGGGCCGUUAGCGCCGCCAUGGCCUCUCCCGCCCGGUUCUGCGCCGCCCUGCCGCGCGCGCGCCCCCGCCUCGGGCGCUCCGAGGAGGAGCGCGGGAAGCCUGGAGGAGGCGAGGGGCCCGCGGGCGCGCCGGGGUCGGGGAGGCCUCCCUGGGCCGAGGGAAGCGGCCCUUCUGCGCCGCCGGCUGCCCUGGCCGGGCACUGGCGGAAGGCGAGGCCCGGGUUAAGCGAAGAACAGCCCCGGGGUCUGCGUGGCGCAUCGGCUCCCUUGGGCUGGAGAGUCUGAGGAAGUAAAUCCUGUUGAACUUACUGCAAUUUAAUUCUGAAUAAACACACACGGAUAGGCAACGGACUCGGAGAGCACUACCAGGAAAUUGCAGACAGCUCUGGUCAAAACAAGAACAGCAUUUAGAAAAGCAGAUUCUCCAGCUAACCAUCAGAGACGCGGCCAUGGGAAAGUCAGCUUCCAAACAAUUUGCAGAAGAGGUCUUAAAAUCUCACAAUGACUACAGAAAGAAGCAUGGUGUCCCCCCACUCAAACUUUGCAAAAAGUUAAACCGGGAAGCACAACAGUAUUCAGAAGCACUGGCUAGCACAAGAAUUCUCAAGCACAGUAGUGAAUCUAGUAAUGGGAAAUGUGGAGAAAAUUUAGCGUGGGCUUCUUACGAUCAGUCGGGAAAAGAAGUAGCGGAGAGAUGGUAUAGUGAAAUAAAAAAUUACAACUUUCAGAGUCCAGGAUUUUCCUCUAAUACAGGACACUUCACAGCAAUGGUUUGGAAGAACACAAAAAAGAUGGGCGUUGGAAAGGCAGCAACAAGCGACGGCUCCACGUUCGUGGUGGCCAGAUAUGAGCCAGCUGGCAAUAUCGUGAAUCCUGGUCACUACGAGCAAAACGUUCUUCUACCAAAGAAAUAACUUCUUCCGGAGCAGGGGAGUUGGGGUGGGGAGGGGAGAAAGGGCGAUUGAAGCAGCCAAUGAAAAGCAAAGCUGUGGAUUGGACAAGAGUGCACAGGUUCUCCAUGUGGAGCUGCAAAAUCAGCGAAAUAACCCCCCUCACACGUGGUUUUCAUGCGAAAAAGCUGCACGGGGGAAGGCAGGCGCCUUUCUUCCCCCUGCAGUGCUGUUCUAAACCCCUUUUAGCCCUCCUUUUUGAAAAAAGAAGCCGUUCCCCACAGCUGCCUUGUAACUGCGCAGAGCACCUUAAAACGAGCGCCUGCCUGUGCAGAAAUGUAUCAUCUAGAGCAGCUGGAGACAGUCCUGAGGGGAACCAGUGCUCAAGCGCACAGGAGGCACAGCAAGCCCAAAACAUGAAAUAUGCAAAAAUAUGUUUCUGUUGUUUGCAGCCCUUUGAAUUUGUGUAUGGUCCCCUUAAGACAUCGGUACGCUUUCAUUAAAAUGUGACGGCUUUAAGAUUAGUCUUUAAUAUGUUCAGAUUUUUCAGCGUGUACCCCUAGGAAGUAAACUGUCUGGCCUUUGGCUAUGAAGUCAAAACAGUUCCGUUGCUUGUAAAUCAUAUUUAUCUCCACAGUGUUUACUUCGUUGUGUCACUUUCAAGUAUUGCUUUACGCCUGUUGUAUAGUCAUUUCCAAAUCCUUUCCUGCGCACCAACCCUGUGGUGUUGUAUGAUAACACAUGGUGCUCUUGUAAAUUACGAUAGAGAAGUUUUGGAACACUCCAGUUGAAAAUGGUAUUCUGCAGCCUGCUCUACAGAAAGAAUCAGGUACAAAGUUGGCACAAAAAGUUUUCCAUUUAAUUGGGAUUUUAAAAACAGUCCUGACAUGGGUUGGGUAGUUAAAAUCUGUCUGCAAUUCUGCACUGAGCUAGACAUUCACGAGUAUCCGGUAUGCAAAAUCCUGUGUUCGGAGCUCUGUGUGCAUGGUGCUCUUCUGUAGGAAUUCAGAAAAAUACAAAAUGAGGUACUAGGUGAAGAAUUCGAUUUCGAUAGAAUCUCUGCUUUCAGUAUUUUUUUAAAAAACAAGUUAGUUUCUAGUUCUUAUAUUGGUAGAACUAGUAGGAAAUUUAGGUAGGGCUGGUAGAAAAUUUAGUCUGGAUCCAGUUCCCCAUGUAGAAGCCACCAGAACUGCACAACAUGUGCUGUGAUUCUAAAGGAGCACAGAAAACAACAAGAUAAAAAACAAAGACUGUGGAUGCAGUCUUUGUUUUUUAUCUUUCAGCAAGAUAUAUUUGAAAAUGCGUGAUUAAUCUUUGCUGAAAGCUCAGAAGCCGAAGGUAAAUAAGAUGUCCAGCAGUCUGGAGGUAGGGAUGGAUGUUUUAGUGUUUGGACUAUACCAAAAAAUAUGCAAUAUACCAAAAUUUCAAAAUAAAUUACGCACAACAAAAGAUCAUGACAAUUGCUCAGUUGGCCCCAUUUAUAUAGGCCACAAAACUCUGCUUGUCUUGGUAUGGAAUUUUCUUUUCAGUGUGGAGUCCAAAUGGCCCUGGGCAUAAAUCUCACCUUUAUAUAUGAAACCACUGCUAUUCUGUCCACAGUUAUUUAUGCUUAAGUUAUCCAUCUUUACUGGGAUUCAUCAUCCAAAUCUAAGGACAGGAUUGCAACCCAGUGUAUGGAUUGUACCAGUGAUGGAGAAAAUGGAGACAAGCAUUUAAUUGUGGGCAAAACUUUUUAUCCCUUCUAUGUGAAACUGGAAGUAGUCAUUUUCACCCUGCUACAAAACCAGUGCGUUCUAGUAGCCUUAACCAUGUUCAAUAGGAUCCAGUUUCCUGAACAUACAGCUUGCAUUUUAUAAAACUGAAAAAUGCAGCCCAAAACAAUACAAAUGAGUUUAGCUUACAUAGCUGGCAUAAUAUUAAUGUGUUCUAGUUUGAUGGAUGCUGUAUGUUAGGUCCUAUUAAACGUAACCAAGAAUUCAUCAUGGCAUAAUUAACAUUAGAAAAAUAAAGUAUUUUUCAUAUGAAAUA